GGCGGCGGCAGACCAUGCAUCUGGAGAAGGAAGGCGGCCGGCUGAGCUCCGACAAGCUGGAGGUGGAGCUCCACCAGACGUCCGCGUCCCCGCGUGCUGGCCUGGGACUCGCCGCCAUCAGCCGCCGGCCACAGCUGGGGGGGAGGGAGAAGCAGGCGGCCGGGCAGAGCUGCUGGGCUCCUGUGGACCAGGAUUUUGGUUCCUUCCUCACGGAGCAGAGGUCUCGCUUGCCUUUCACCGGGUUCUGCAGCUCCGGGCCCGGAGACCCCUGCCUCACAGAGAGCACGCCUCUGCUGGGGCGCCCCUCCCAGGAGCGGGGGGUGCGGUGCCUGCCCGUCUGCCACCCGGAGCUCAUCACGGCAGAGUCCUGGGACCUCAGCUCGGCCGAGUGGGAGGGCACGUCGCUGCUGGGCAGUGAGGCCACUGGGUCCUCCAGAUCCGCCUCCUCGGACAGGGGGGACCUCCUGGAAGGGGCUCCCGUCUCGUUCAGCCUGUAUCCCGACGAAGGGAAGCUCUGGCAGCUGCUGGCCGUGUCGCCGCUGGAGAGCUACUCUGCGAACCUCAGCAGCCGGUCCGACUCCACGCUGCUCCAGGUGGACCUGGCGGGGGCCCUGAUGCCCGGCAGCCCGAGUCGUCCGGGAAGAGAAGAGCAUGUGGUGGUGGAGGUGACGCAGGCCGGCGCUCCCAGCUCCAGGCGGUGGCCCCAGCAGGUCACUCACAACUGGACCGUGUUCCUAGACCCGCGACGCAGCGAGCACGUGGUGGUGAGCAGGACCUUCGAGGUUCCGAGCAGGGACGGGGUUUCCAUCAGCGUCCGCGCGGCCCUGCAGCAGCCCCGGGCGGUGCCCCUGCUGCUGGCGCACCAGCACCUCCGUGCCAGCGUGGAAGCCCAGGUGACCGCGGCCGCCGCCAUCCUCGCGGGGGUCUACGUGCUGAUCAUAUUCGAGAUUGUUCAUAGGACACUGGCAGCCAUGCUGGGCUCCCUGGCGGCACUGGCGGCUCUGGCUGUGACGGGGGACAGACCCAGCCUCACCCACGUGGUGGAGUGGAUCGACUUCGAGACGCUGGCCCUGCUGUUCGGCAUGAUGAUCUUAGUAGCCAUAUUUUCAGAAACUGGAUUCUUUGAUUACUGUGCUGUCAAGGCCUACCGGCUGUCCCGGGGGAGGGUGUGGGCCAUGAUCAUCAUGCUGUGCCUCUUCGCCGCCGUCCUCUCCGCCUUCCUGGACAACGUCACCACCUCGCUCCUCUUCACGCCCGUGACCAUCAGGUUGUGCGAGGUGCUCAACCUGGACCCCCGGCAAGUCCUGAUCGCGGAAGUGAUCUUCACCAACAUCGGGGGCGCUGCCACCGCCAUCGGGGACCCGCCCAACGUCAUGAUCGUCUCCAACCAGGAGCUGAGGAAGAUGGGCCUGGACUUCGCGGGGUUCACGGCGCACAUGUUCGUGGGCAUUUGCUUCGUUCUGCUCUUCUCCUUCCCGCUCCUCCGGCUCCUCUACUGGAACCGGAAGCUGUACAACAAGGAGCCCAGUGAGAUUGUGGGUGAGUGCGCCUCCUCCUUCUGUUUCAGACAAAUCUCACAGGAGGAUAAGAACUGGGAGACCAACAUCCAGGAGCUGCAGAAAAAGCACAGAAUCGCGGACAGGGUCCUGCUGGCCAAGUGCCUAAUGGUGCUGGGGUUCGUCAUCUGCAUGUUCUUCCUCAGCUCAUUCGUCCCUGCCGUCCACCUGGACCUGGGGUGGAUCGCUAUUCUGGGCGCCAUCUGGCUGCUGAUCCUGGCGGACGUCCACGACUUCGAGGUCAUUCUGCACCGAGUGGAGUGGGCGACGCUGCUCUUCUUCGCGGCGCUCUUCGUGCUGAUGGAGGCGCUGGGGCACCUGCACCUGAUCGAAUACGUCGGCGAACAGACCACUUCACUGAUCAAGAUGGUCCCCGAGGACCAACGCCUCGCAGCCGCCAUCGUCCUGGUGGUCUGGGUCUCGGCCAUCGCGUCCUCCCUGAUCGACAACAUCCCGUUCACAGCCACCAUGAUCCCCGUGCUCCUGAACCUGAGUCAGGACCCCGAGGUCAGCCUGCCGGCGCCGCCCCUCAUGUACGCGCUGGCCCUGGGCGCCUGCCUGGGAGGCAACGGGACGCUGAUUGGGGCGUCGGCCAACGUCGUCUGCGCGGGGAUCGCCGAGCAGCAUGGCUACGGCUUCUCCUUCGUGCAGUUUUUCAGGUUGGGCUUCCCCAUGAUGGUGGUCUCCUGCAUGGUGGCGAUGUGCUACCUGCUGGUGGUCCACGUUGUGAUGGGGUGGAAUUAACAGGGACACCUCCUUCGAAGACCGAGGGGAACCUGACCCGUCACCCAUGUCUGGAGAACACUCCCCCGUGGGCCGCUCUUGGGCACACUCCGGGGGUGCGACGGAGUGUGGACCUUGACGCCCACAUUUCUUAUCCGGCUGGAUGCUGGCAAAACAUGGCCGAUAGAAACAUGGGUCACUUCCCCAAGACACCCCGACAGGAAAGACGUGCGUUUCAGGACUCUCCUUGUCAGAAAAGGCACCAGUGCCGUCAUCCACCCCAAAUGGUCUGUGUUGCUCAGGGUCCCUUUGCCCGAGGCCGUCCACAGUGUUCCUUCGUGUCAUCACUGUUCAUAUUAGAAUAAUGAGCAUGCGAAUUGUGUCCCCUCCGAAGACACGCUGUUCCUUGGGAAGGCAUACACCUUGUAAGGCAACAGUUUAUGUAUUAAAAAAA